AUGGACAACGGUUACUACUACUACCAGCAGCCCAUGGGGCCUGAGGUUCCAGUAGCCCCGGGUGCUUACACCUAUGGACAGUAUGGUGCGCCGCGAUCGAAAACGCCUACAUCCCUGGUUAACCAUACUGGACUCUCCCCUGGUGGCCCUCUUAGCACCCCGCCGCCUAUGAGUCGCGAUGCCUCUCGAGGACCCGACCCGCCCCCAGGCCAGUACCCGGAGCAGAUGGUCUAUGGCGAUAGCGCCUCCAAUUCUCCCACCUCUUCUGUGAAAACCCCGGACAACGAUAGCUUUGAGGACUUAGCACUUGACGCCCAUCCGAUGCCUCUUACCGAAGCGCUCAAUGCCACAAUGGCCGCUCAUCCACAGCACUUCCCUCCACAGCAGUUCAAUCCGCAAAUGCGACCGCAACAGAGUGCUUUCCUGCCUCAACAGUACAACAAUUAUCCGGGUCAGAGUUUUACACAUCAAGCAGCCCCAUGGAACAGUGAACAACCUAUGCGAAGCCCCGAUGUUCCCCGUUCGGACGUCGUUGUGUUCGACCCUGUCACCGACCAAGUCGAUUACUCUGCUUUCAUGAAUCCUGACGUCGACUUCUGGACAAUGCACAACACUGACCCUAACUACCUCAUCUCUCCAAACGAGCCUGUAGGGCCACCGCAGGAUCUCUUCUCAGUGGCCACCCAGAAUAUGCUUCAGCAGCAGCAGCAAAGAAGCCUCCCGGUCACCCAACGUCAGGUGCAUACCGAUAUGUACGUCUCGGGCAGCAGUCCUGUAGAAAUGCGACUACACAGGGCUUCUCCAUCGCCCAGCUCACAACGCUUCGCCCCCUAUGAGAGAACACCCACCCAACACAUGGUAAACCGGAGACUUUCUCAUCAGCAUCCAUCGCCAAUUGCCACCUCAAUUGAGCUGCCGACUAGGAUGACGUUGCAAUCACCUGCCAGCCCAUAUGCGUCCGCGUCAAGCCCUGGUGGUUCGGAUGGUAUGAUCUCUUCCUACCAGCAUUCCGAACAAGGAUCAGAGCGCCGCGAAUCGCAAACGCACCAGCCGUUUGGUCCGAUCCGACCGCCUCCAUCUUCCCUUGAAUUUUCUCCCAGCAGGACACUCCUCGAAGCGGCCGCUGACUUCUCACCCGACCCGGAAGGCUCAUCCGCCCAGCGGCAAGUAGGCCCAAUCAGGAGUACUGGCAGGCCUGGUGGACGAGCAUUGGGUACCCACUUGGAGCCAAGGGUUGCAAAGGCAGCCCAUGACAUGCGCAAGAUCGUUGCAUGCUGGCAUUGCGUGUUGCAGCGAGACAAGUGCGGGCCUGGUGACGUUUGUGAACGUUGUCUAAAGCGCGCCCAGCGCCCCAAUGCUGAUUGUGGCCUGGGCUGCUCUCGCAUCAAGCUGAUCGAGCUGUCCGAGUACUUCCUUCCUACUGUGACCAUGCAGAUUCACGAGGAUAGCCAUUUGACUCACUUUGUCUCUCAAUUCAUCCACCAAUGGGGAAGCCAAGAGAUCUGCGUAUACAUGACUUGCGAGCAGAAGAAAAUGCCGCGCAUGCCCGUCAAGGUGUACGAAUUCCAGCCUCGAGGAGAAGAGUUGCUCGUGCAGCUGCAGUACCAAACCAACCCCGUGACCCAGGAGCGAUAUACCCUUAGAAAGCGAAGCCCGGCUCUCGGAAUGGUGCACAUCAAUCACAAUGAAGAGAAGAAGUAUGACAAGUAUCUGAAUGAUAUCGUCGACAACCACCUCGAUGCUUUUGGCGAAAUCUGCUGGGCAGAAGACGACAACGACUUCUCGCCCCGACUCUUCAAGCUGAUGACGCGAGUCAAACCGAAGAGCGAUGACGAAGUACGGUCUUUCUCUAAACAACCAUAG